CGCAGACGCGGCGGAACGCAGCGCUGCCCGGGAGGCGGGGAGGGCUGCGGCGCGUUGAGGCCCAGCGCGGAGCUCUACAAGAACAAUUAUUAUGCAUUUCAUAAAUUCAGAAAAAGAAUGUUAUUGCAUAUGCACCUUUUUCUUGAAUUUCUUCUGAGAACAAGGAAGACCACAGAACUCUGCUGACUGACUUUGCUGAGUGAGGAGGUCACCCAGUUCUCCUUGCUGUUUGUCAUACGAGCUGAGGGAAGCACUUCUUUGGAAGUGAUGUCUGGACAUAAAUAUUUAAAAAUGUCUGACCAGAAAAAUAUUAUAUACAGAAUUCACUGUAUUGAAAAGUUACUCUCUGAGAACAAUUUCCAAGAUAUUGAGGAUCAUCUUAGAGAGCUUGAAGAUGUCAGUAUGACUGUAGAAUAUCUUCAGGAGACUGAAGUUGUCAAGAUUGUAUACAGAGUACUCAAGAGCUGCCCUUCAGCAGAGCUGAAAAAGAAAGCAAAGCAACUGUUAUCAAGGUGGAAAGCACUUUACAAGAACAACCGUCUUCAGUCAGUGCAAGGCAAGAAGUCAGUUUCUGUGUGUGUGGGUGAGGAAUCUGAACAUCUUGGGAUUCCUGGAGAACAGUUGCUGUCUGAAGGCCCUUGUCAGCAGGUGGUAUUAGCUGCUGCCCCUUCUAAAAUGUUGGUCCCACCACAAACCAUUAAAAAAGUGGUAAGUAACAAUGCAGAGGGCAGCAUAGAUCAGCUUUCCCCUUUUGAGGAAGGACGCAUCGAUAAUGAAGGUUCUAAACCUCUUGUUAAUGAAGCAGGGUUGCAGCAGGAUCACAUGAGAGCUCUGAGGUGUAAAUGCACAGAUCUUCUUUAUAAAGCUUUGACUGGUUCUGCCAAAGACUGCCAAGACAAAGAAGAAACUGAUAAAUGGCUAGAGCUGUCUAAAGAAAUUGAAGAACACGUUUUUGCUCUUCAUUCUAAAAAUGACAAAAAGUAUAAAAAUUGCAUCAGAAGUAAAAUCUCUAACCUGAAGAACCCUAAAAGUUGCAACUUAAAACAUAACCUUUUUUCAGGGACUUUGAGUCCAAAGGCUUUUGCUGAGAUGACAGUGAUGGAAAUGGCCGGUGAUGAACUGAAACAGCUCAGGGCCCUGUACACAGAGUCCUCCAUUCAAGAACAUCAGCUUCCACAAGUUAUUAAUGGCACACAGACAAGCAAAAUAAAGUGUAGGCGCUGUGAAAAAUUUGAUUGCACUGUCACUAUGAUUGCCAGAGGAACUCUCUUUCUUCCAGGCUGGGUGCGAAACACAAAUCCAGAUGAACAAAUGUUGACCUUUGUUAUUUGUAAUGAAUGUGGAGAACAAUGGUAUCACAGCAGAUGGAUUUGUUUGUAAUACUCACUCACUUUAAGAAGUCACUCAAAAGCACAGAUAAGAGAAGAUGUCUCUUGAAACCGUGUAGUGUAAAAGUGGAUAUUGACACUAUGUAGACACAAAAAUUGCAAAAGCACUUUUAAAAGUUGCUAAGUUAUUUUUGAAGAUCUACUGAAAUUUGUUUGGCUGAGGUUUUUUUGUUUGUUUUUUAAGUGGUAUGGCUAUGUGUUAAAACAACAACAACAACAAAAAAAUAAAGGGUCCUAUUUAGCAAACUUAAUUUUCUUGUAUGACAAGAACACCCAUCUAAUUGAUGAAGGGAAGCCAUCUGAUGACAUCUUUUUCAUUUUCAUUGAAGCUUUCAAUACUGUUUCUGACACAAUGCUUCUGAACAAAAUGCCCAGCCUACAGUUAACCAAAAAACAUAAAGUGAUGUGUGAGCAGUUGGCUGAUGGGAUUGGUCCAAAGGGUUAUAGUAAAUUGAGUUACAUCAGGAUGGUAGCUGCUCACUAGUGCAGUUCCCCAGAGCUCCAUUUUAAAUCCAGUUCUCUUCAAUGUUCUCAUAAAUUACUUGUAUGUAGGAGGUGUUUUGAGCAAGUCUGCUGAUGAUUCUAAAUUCGGAAGAGCUACUGACUCCGUUGAGGGUGAAGAGGCCUUGCAGAGAGAUCUUGACAAAUUAGAGGACUGGGCAAUCACCAACAAGAGCAAGUGCUGGAUUCUGCACCUGGGAAAGCUUCUGCACCUGGGAAAGUCUAGACUGCUGAACUAGAGGCUGGAAAGCAGCCCCAUGGAAAGGGAUCUGGAAGGUUCAGGUUUAUGGCAAGUUGAACAUGAGCCAGCAGUGUGCCCUGGCAGCCCAAAGGGCCAACCAUACCCUGGGGUGCACCGGGCCUGGUACUGCUGGGCAAGGGGAGGGGUUGUUCCGCUCUGCUCUGGGCUGUGCAGCCUCCCCUGCACUGGGUGCAGGGUGCUACAAUGGGUGCUACAAUGUAAGAAGGACAUGAAACUAUAAGAGAGCGUCCAAAGGAAGGCAAUGAAGCUGGUAUAAAGUCUGGAGGGUAAGUUGUAUGAGAAGCGACUGAGGUCUCUUGGUUGGCUCAGUGCAGAGCAGAGGAGCUGAGGGGGGACCUGACAGUGGCUGCAGCUCCUCGCAGGGAGCGG